AUCCCGAAAAUCCAAAUCCCUUGGCUGUGGAAGUCUCUCUCAGUGAGAUCAAAGCUAAAAUCGUAACCAGGAGAUUUUAUAUUUGUUUAUUUUGAAAUUAGAAGGGCAUGCAAAAUGUUUUAAAGAUUUAUUUAUAAUUAGUUAAGUAUUAUUUAAAUUCCAUGGAGCCAUCAAUGAAAUAUUUAUGGCCUGUUUUAAAGCAGACUAAAUCUGCAUUUAAGGGUUGUAAAAAAUUUAAUUUUGCUCCUGCAAUUUCUUCAUUAAAGUAUUCUACUGCGAGUGCACAUGCAGAAGAAUUAGUGACUCAAGAAAAGAUUCAUGUCUCUAAGCCCUCUAUUACCAAAUGGAAAAGACCUCCAUUUCUGAAAAAUUUUUUCCUGGGUAAAUUUGAUACUGAACUUCUGGCUUUUCCUGAAAUUCUUGAUAAAGAACAAGUUACAGAAUUAGAAAAAUCUGUACAGAAUCUCAGUGAUAUAAUGAAAUCAAAAGUAAAUUCAGUUGAAAUAGACGAAUCUUGUUCACUUUCUGAAUCUUUGCUGCAAGAACUUAAAGAUUUGGGCCUGUUUGGAAGAAUGAUUCCAUCAAAAUACGGGGGUCUUGAUCUCUCUUAUACAGCAUGUACUCGUUUAAAUGAAGCCCUUGGACUAGACUGGUCACUUUUCAGUACAAUAGCAGCUCAUGAAUUUUUAGCAACUGAAGCAAUAUUGAAAUUUGGGUCUGAAGCACAAAAGAGUCGUUAUUUUCCUAAGUUAGCAUCUGGAGAACUAAUAGCAGCAUUCUGUUGUUCAGAAAGUAAUAGUGGCUGUGAUCUGUCUUCAAUUUCAACAACUGUAGAAAAAGUAUCAGAGGAUAGCUAUUUAAUUAAUGGAACUAAGACCUGGGUAACCAAUGCUGGUAGAGCAGGUGUGUUUAUUGUUUUCGCAAAAUCAGAAAAUCCAGUGGAUCCCGAUUUAAACACGAUAUCUGCAUUCAUUGUGGAUGGGAACUCUGAUGGCAUCAAAGUAUCGAGACAACAUAAAACAUGCCUGAAGGGACUUGACACUGGAAUAGUUCAAUUCCAAGGCGUAGUAGUUCCAGCCUCAAACUUAAUUGGGAGCGAUGGAGAUGGAUUUUCAGUCUAUUUAAAAUCCCUUGAGUCCUUCAGGAUAGCACAAAACACAUUUACAUUUGGAACUCUAAAAGCUCUCUUAGAUGCUAUUACUGAACGAGUUAUUCACACAGAAAGAUUAGGCGAAUCUAUGGCUGAUAAACAAUUAAUUAGGCGAAGGCUGUCCAAAAUAAGUUCAAUUUUAUAUGCAAUGGAGAGUGUAUCGUACUUUACAGCUGCACUCUUAGACUCCACGGAAAAUCCAGAUGUAGAACUCGAAAGUGCUGCCUUAAAAUUAUUUAAUUCUAAAGGAACACUCUAUUGUGUCAGAGAAAUGAUGGAAUUGAUUGGCACCUCUUGUCUUACAGGAGAUAUGCAGCUGGAAAGAUUUUUUAGAGACGCUCUAGGAUUAGCCCAUUUUGAUAUGCCAAAUGACAUUACCAAACUGUUCUUGAGUAUGAAUGGAUUCAAAGUUGCUGGGGCAACCCUGGGACAGGAAGUUAUGGAAUCACGUAAUACGUUCUUUUUUCCAAAGAGAGCCGUGAGUGGUUUCAUUAGACGCUGGAAGGUUUCAAAGGGAUUGUACAAAUAUUCUCAAGACAUUGCUGGACAUAUUCAUCCAUCAUUAGUGACAUGUGGAAAUCGAUUUGAAGAAAAGCUUCAAGAAUUUCAACUUUGUGUCGAAAGCAUUCUUAUUCAUCAUGGACAAAAAGUUAUAUUGACCCAACUGGAUCCAUGGAGGUUAGCUGAUGCUGCAGCUGAUCUCUACGCCUUUGCAGCUGUUCUGUCUAGAUGUUCUCGGUCCUAUUGCUUAGGAAUGAAGAACUCCCAUCAAGAACUUUUACUGGCAGGUGCCUUUUGUCAUGAUAUAAUAGAUAAGCUAACAGAAAAUAUGGGCGCUAUUGUUUUAGGUGUAAACGAAAACAAUGAAGCAAAUCAUUUAAAUAUUGGAUCAGAAAUUGUUGAUUGUAAAGGUUAUUUUGCAGAGCAUCCAUUAAAACAUAAUUUUUAGAUUAUAUGUGAUAGUUUUUAAUAAAAUUAAUCAAUUCCUCA